AUGGACGACCUCUACGACGAGUUUGGCAACUUCAUCGGCGAGCCCGAGGAGCACAGCCAGGAGGAGGAGACGACGACGACGGCAUACGAUGGCGCGCAAUAUCUGCACGACGAUGAGUCGCAAGCAGGUGCCGCCGCGCCCACCGGCCAGGAGAUGAUGGACAGAGACGAUGAAGGCCCGUCGAAUGCUGUGGUGCUGCACGAGGACAAGCAGUACUACCCCUCCGCCCCACAGAUAUACGGCCCCGGGGUCGAAACACUGGUGCAAGAGGAGGACACUCAGGCUCUGCAACAGCCCAUUAUUGCGCCUGUCGAACACAAGAACUUCACGGUCGAGGAGGACGACCUGCCACCCGUCUACUUUGAUCGCGGCUUCAUGGCCGAUUUGAUGAGCUUUCCGGAGCAAAUACGAAACAUUGCAUUCUGCGGACAUCUCCACCAUGGCAAGACCAGCUUCAUGGACGCAUUGGUCAAUCAGACUCACGACACAUCCACGUUCUGGCAGGGCAAGACUGGCAAAGCGCGGGACGAGCUGAUGAGGUAUACCGACACACACAUUCUGGAACGGGAACGAGGACUGUCGGUCAAGGCCAGCCCGAUGAGUUUGAUGCUACAAGGCACACGAGGAAGGAGCCAUCUGGUCAACAUUAUCGACACUCCUGGCCAUGUCAACUUCGCCGACGAGCUUGCUGCUUCGCUGCGACUAGCCGACGGUGUUGUACUGGUAGUCGACGUGGUGGAGGGUGUGCAAGUCCAGACUGAGCUUGCCAUCAAGCACGCUGUGCUUGAUGGACUACCGCUCGUGCUCCUCAUCAACAAGAUGGAUCGACUCAUGCUCGAACUGAAGCUGCCACCUACCGAUGCAUACUUCAAGCUCAAGCAUGUAGUGGAAGACGUCAACACCCACAUUGAGAACACGAUCCCUGGCCAAGGCGAGAAGUUCCGCGUCAGUCCCGAGAAGGGCAACGUUGCGUUCGCUUGCAGCAGUAUGGAAUGGUCUUUCACCUUGCCAUCGUUCGCGCGAAUCUACGCGGAAAGCUACCCCAGCCCAGAGUUCGAUGUGACCGAGUUCAGUAAGCGGCUAUGGGGCGACAUCUACUUCAACCCUGGUUCGAGCAAGUUCACCCGAAAGGCUGUGGAGGAGCGUGCAAAGAGGAGUUUUGUACACUUCGUGCUGGAGCCCAUCUACAAGCUUUAUUCGAGUACAUUGUCAGAGUCGCCUGAAGAUCUCGGAAAAACACUGCAUGGUCUCGGCAUAUCGCUCAAGCCCAGUCAGCUCAAGGCCAAUGCAAAGGACCUAUUGAAGCUGGUAUGCCAACAAUUCUUCGGCCCGGCCGCAGGAUUUGUCGACAUGGUGGUGCAGCACAUUCCAUCGCCUGUAGCAGGUGCGAAGCAGAAGCUGGGGAAUUACUAUACUGGCCCUCUCGACUCGAAGACAGCCAUGUCGAUGCUAGAUUGCGACCCAGACGGACCACUUGUCAUCCACGUUUCCAAGCUUCUCACAACACAAGACGCCAAGGGCUUCCACUCUUUUGGUCGUGUUAUGUCUGGAACAGCGAAGCCUGGUCAGCAAGUCAGAGUGCUCGGCGAAAGCUACAGCAUAGACGACGAUGAAGACAUGGUAAACGCGACUAUCGAGAGCGUUGCUAUCGCCGAGAGCCGCUACAAUGUACCUGUGUCUGGCAUGCCUGCAGGCAACUUUGUGCUUCUCAGCGGCGUUGACAACUCGAUCGUGAAGACGGCGACAAUCGUGUCACCAAACCUGCCGGACGACGAAGCUGCGUACAUCUUCAGGCCCAUUGUUCACUUCUUCGAGAGUGUGUUCAAGGUGGCGGUCGAACCGAUCAAUCCCUCCGAAUUGCCGAAGAUGCUUGACGGUCUCCGCAAAAUCAACAAAUCAUAUCCACUCAUCACGACGAAGGUCGAAGAAAGUGGUGAGCACGUUGUUCUCGGUACUGGUGAGCUAUACAUGGACUGCGUGCUCCACGAUUUGCGCAGACUUUACGCACAAAUGGAGAUCAAGGUCUCUGAUCCCGUGACGAGAUUCUGCGAGACUUGCGUGGACCAAAGUGCUAUGAAGUGCUAUGCUCUCACACCCAACAAGAAGAACAAGCUGACAUUUGUCGCGGAACCUCUUGAUGAUGGCAUCGCGCAAGAUAUUGAAUCUGGCAAAGUCAGCAUCAAGGACCCUGUUCGCAAAGUCGGCAAGUUCUUCGAAGACAACUACGGCUACGACAUCCUCGCUAGCCGAAAUAUCUGGGCUUUCGGACCGGACGACUCGAGUCCGAAUAUCCUACAAAACGACACGCUACCAUCUGACGUCGACCAGAAGCUGCUGCGAAGUGUCAAGGACACCAUCCGACAAGGUUUCGCGUGGGGUACGCGAGAAGGACCACUCUGCGAGGAGCCCAUCCGGAAUGUCAAGUUCAAGAUCACGGACGUUGAGCUGGCAUCCGAGGCAAUCUUCCGAGGUGGUGGCCAGAUCAUUCCGACCGCACGACGAGCAUGCUACAGCUCUUUCCUCAUGGCUGGACCAAGACUGAUGGAGCCAAUGUACAGUUGUAACAUGCUCGGACCCGCCACCGCCGUAUCAUCACUAUACACAGUCCUCGCACGACGAAGAGGUCACGUCCUAAGCGAUGCGCCCGUGCCUGGCACACCACUUUACUCCGUCAAGGGUCUGAUUCCCGUCAUUGACAGUUUCGGCUUCGAGACAGAUCUGAGGAUCCACACACAAGGACAAGCCACCGUCUCGUUGGUCUUCGACCGAUGGAAUAUCGUGCCGGGAGACCCGCUCGACAAGUCCAUCAAGCUGAGACCACUAGAGCCAGCCUCCGCACAAGCAACAGCCAGAGACUUCGUUCUCAAGACGCGGAGGAGAAAGGGUCUCAGCGAAGACGUCACAGUUAGCAAAUACGUCGAGCCCGAAAUUAUGAGGCAAUUGAAGGAGACGGGCAUGUUGGAUGGUGCAUGA